GUAUCCGCAUGCGCGGCUGAGCCGCGGGGGUGGUACUGCCACAUCCGGGGUCCGGAGGCCGUGGCUGUUUUGUUUUGUUGGCUGAAACCGGGAGAGUGAGGCGGGCCGGCGUGGCGCGACACCGGGCUCCGGACCCACUGCACAACGGGGCUGGACUGACCUGAAAAAAAUGUCUGGAUUUCUAGAGGGCUUGAGAUGCUCAGAAUGCAUUGAUUGGGGGGAAAAGCGCAAUACUAUUGCUUCCAUUGCUGCUGGUGUACUAUUUUUUACAGGCUGGUGGAUUAUCAUAGAUGCAGCUGUUAUUUAUUCCCCCAUGGAGGAUUUCAACCACUCAUACCAUGCCUGUGGUGUUAUAGCAACCAUAGCCUUCCUAAUGAUUAAUGCAGUAUCAAAUGGACAAGUCCGAGGUGAUAGUUACAGUGAAGGUUGUCUGGGUCAAACAGGUGCUCGUAUUUGGCUAUUCAUUGGUUUCAUGUUGGCCUUUGGAUCUCUGAUUGCAUCUAUGUGGAUUCUUUUUGGAGGUUAUGUUGCUAAAGAAAAAGUUGUAGUAUACCCUGGAAUUGCUGUAUUUUUCCAGAAUGCCUUCAUCUUUUUUGGAGGACUGGUUUUUAAGUUUGGCCGCACUGAAGACUUAUGGCAGUGAAAACAUCCGAUUUCCUGCAGCACGACAGCCCUGCAUGGGAGGGGAACCCAGACCAUGGACAUUUAAAUGACUUCCUCAAGGUCACAGAACUAGUUUUCUAAUCCUGAGGCAGUGCAUCCCCGACCCUACAGCUGAGCACAGCCUCUCCCUACAGUGCAAUUCAGAAGAUGCUCAGGGAACGCCAGCUGCCGUGUAAAACCAGCUGGAAUAAAAGCACGAUUCCCACAAGCACUAAGUAUCAGUGAAUUCUUAUUCUUCCUGUUUUGUAUUAUCUGCUUUGCUAAUGUAGACAAGAGUUAACUAGGUAGCACACUUUAUUGCAUGAGAAAGAAUCUUAAGAAGUGUCAAUAAAAUUUACCCAAAACUUUAAUACAGAUAUCGUCUGUAACCAAGAAAAUAUCAAUAGCAUCAUCUUAAUGAAACUACAAAUUUAUUUUAAAUUGUUAUUAAAUUGACUCUUAAACAA